GAUUGCUUUUGCUGUGACUUUCCUAGAACUGGGAAGGGGGUGGUGGAAAUGAGAAACCGAAUAACUGCAGCUGUUUUAUCAACCUUUCAACAGGUGUGUAGUGAGGCUCCAGUCCCCUGCCGCCUUCUGCAAAGGACUGAUUGCUCUCUCUGGGCUGCAGACUGAGUGGAACAGUGUUUGCCUCUUGUUCCUUUCCAGUUUGCCCUCCUCUUAUCACCCUUUCUUUCUCUCUCUCUUUUGCCUCCCUGCUUCCAUGAUGCGUCUCUUGCUUUUCUGCCCCCUCCCCCUUCGGUUUUGGGGGCUUCUUUUGCAAGAGAGAGCUGCAGGAUUGUGCUGCCGCCUAGCCGUGCCGUGCCCUAAGGGGAUGCCCAAACUGGCAGACCUGUCCGUCAAAACCAAAGACGUCUGGGAGAUUCCUCGCGAGUCGUUGCAGCUCAUCAAGAAACUGGGCAAUGGGCAAUUUGGGGAAGUGUGGAUGGGCACUUGGAAUGGCACCACCAAAGUGGCAGUGAAGACGCUGAAACCUGGAACCAUGUCUCCAGAAGCUUUCCUGGAGGAAGCCCAGAUCAUGAAGCGCUUACGGCAUGACAAACUGGUGCAACUGUAUGCUGUGGUGUCAGAAGAGCCCAUUUACAUUGUUACUGAGUUCAUGACCCAAGGUAGCUUGCUAGAUUUUUUGAAAGACGGGGACGGCCGUUUCUUGAAGUUGCCCCAACUGGUGGACAUGGCAGCACAGAUUGCAGCUGGAAUGGCUUACAUUGAGCGAAUGAAUUACAUCCACCGGGAUCUGCGUGCUGCCAACAUCCUUGUGGGCGACAACCUUGUGUGCAAAAUUGCUGACUUUGGCCUCGCCCGCCUCAUUGAAGACAAUGAAUACACAGCUCGCCAAGGUGCCAAAUUUCCCAUUAAGUGGACAGCUCCAGAAGCCGCUCUCUAUGGCAAGUUCACCAUCAAGUCAGACGUGUGGUCCUUCGGCAUCCUCCUGACAGAACUUGUGACCAAGGGUCGAGUGCCAUACCCAGGCAUGAACAACCGAGAGGUGUUGGAACAAGUGGAACGGGGUUACCGCAUGCCCUGUCCUGGGAAUUGCCCUCCAUCGCUGCACGAUCUGAUGGUGCAGUGCUGGAGGAAGGAGCCUGAGGAGCGCCACACUUUUGAAUACCUCCAGUCAUUUCUAGAAGACUACUUCACUGCUACAGAGCCUCAGUAUCAGCCAGGAGACAACCAACUGUAACCGAUGGAUGGUGACCACGGAGAGCUCCCCCUGCCCUCACGGGUGGGGGACCUCCCACGAGUGUGGUGGGAAGCUGGGACACACAGCAGAAAUCUCUUCCCUCUCCAGGGCCAGGGACUGAGGGUCCCACCUUGUAGAACUGGGCUUAGAACUCCUUUCUUUUUCAUUUUAAUUUUAUUCCUUUGGGGGGCGGGGAGUGACCUUGCUUUUUUUAUCAUUGUGGUUUUGUGUUUUAAAAUUCUGACUCAUCCCAAAUAGAUGCCAGGUUAGUUUUUGGAGAUUUUUUUUAAAAAAAGAUGGAGAUGAUGAGGAGUUGAGGGUGUAGAUGGCCAGAGGAGAGGUUUUGUUUGUUUUAAUAGUCCAUCCUCUCUUAAUUAAGUUACUUCUGUGAUAACUGGAGAACCUUUGGCCCUUAAAAGUUCCCCUGGGGUUCUCUGAAGAGCCUUCGUACUUCGGCCCGAUUGGUUCCAGCCCACAACAAGGGACUGGGGGGGAGGUUGUAGCCCCAAAUGUUUGAAUGCACCUUUUCCCUAACCCUGAUGCAGCCUCCAAGGAUAAAGACAGGAGGGCUACAGGGCCACAGCAUGAAGAAAUUUGCACAAUGAAGUUAACUGCAGCCAGUGUUCUCCAGAUAUAUUGUGACUGCAUCUCUCAGAAUUCACCAGCUUGCAAGGGCUACGCUGGCUGGGAAUUCUGAGAGUUGUAGUCUCAUGGCAUCAGAUAUGAUGGGUUCCAGUUGCGGCGGAACUCCCGACUGUCCUUAGGCCAUUGGCCAAAAAAAUCUGGGUUUGAUAAGCACGUUUUAAGUCCUGCAAGAUCUGGAUUUCUUUCCUUCCCAUUCUGCGACGUGGCCAUAAUAUGGACAAUGGGCCCAAUUUUUCUUUUCCUUCCUCAUUGGCCCUCAUGCUCUGAAUUUGUGACUUGGUACUAUCUGGAUAUCAUGUCUGAAAGCUUUUGAGUUAACAACUAUGAUAGGAGAAUGAAUGUGGGAAGAAUCCAUGAUACUAGGUUGAUCAAUCAAUGUCAGCCUUUUUCUCGAGAGGGUCAGCUUAGCUCUGAAAUGAUACCCUGGGGGCUGCACUUCAAGAAAGGAGAUGGGUCGGGACACAGCCCUAAUUCGCUGGUGCGUAAGGGAAGCAGACAGGGUUGUCUACGACAACGUAAAGGAAAGGUGUGUGCCAAAAUGGCUCUGGAGGCUGUUUACAGAAGGAGAGAGUGUCUGAGCUGAUUACUGUGGAACUGUGAAGUGUCUGUUCCAUAGCCACAUGGUGCCUUCUGACAAUAAGAUGACGCGCCUUACCAGAUGGGGGCUUGUGCACCAUCCCUUGAAAAUUAAUGAUUUUUGCUUGUCAACUGGAAGCCGUUCCAAAUGUUCCUUGCCAGAUGUGCUGGGACUGCAGUGUCCAAAAUUCCUAGCCAGCAAUUAACAGCCCUAGCAAAUUUGGAGGAAACAGCUGCCUUCCCUGGUAUCCAUAUCCCAGCUAUUCACCCACAAUCUUUUUUCUCCCUCUGCACAAGAAUCCUCUAAUCUUGAACCCUGGCAGGCAUGUUGAGGAAUCUGCCACAGCUCAUUCAUAGGACCCUAUCCAUAAUUUGGGGAGGGAAGCGGUGAUUUCAAUACCAAUCAAAGAAUAUUGGAGCGUGGCCUGCCAAGUAGGGUUGCAUUAAAAUUCCAUCACCCUUGAUCCCUGUUAGUUGGGACCACUGAAAGUUGGAGUCCAGGAACAUCUGGAGAGCCACUGGUUCUCCAAACUGUCCUAAGAAGUGUUUCAGUGGAAACAUAGAAGAUAAGUGUUGUAGAUGUCUAAAAACAGCUGCAGUGAAGACUGCCAUAGAACCAGGGGGGUGAAAAAAUGAGUUUCCUUUCAUUUCCAUCUCUCCCUGUAAUUUGAAAUACAGCCAAGACACUGGAAAUUGCUGAAACAACUGAACUAUCACAUUGCACUGGGCUGAUAGUAAAGCUAUGCAGAUUUACUGAGAAAUAAUCUUCACUGCUUAUUUCAAUCAUGGUUCUGGACGGAUCGUCACUGUAUGGCUUAUUAGGGAUGGACGGGGGUCGGAGAAAAAGCAGAGGGAACACAGGCAGCAGGAGCUAUUCCUUAGCACCUCAGCAAAAUAACAAGAAGCAAAAAAAUAAAUAAAUAAAUUGCUAAGCAAAUGACAAGCAGUUUGUGAUGAGAGGGUCCACCAUGGGACUUUUCAGACGAGGGAUGUCCAACCUCAGCAUGCAUUGGCAACUUUUAAGACUUGUGUGGACUUCAGCUCCCAGAAUUCCCCAGCCAGCAAUGCUGGGAGUUGAAGUUCACAGGUCUUAAAGUUGCCAAGGUUGGACAGCCCUCCUUUAGACCAAGAGAAGGUUGGCAGCUGCCCAAGGGUGCCAUCUGCUGCCCAUGAUGCUGAAGAGCAACGCCACUAGAAUAUACGCAACUUAUUUGGGUUUCUCCAACCUUCUCUCAACCUUGAGAUUUACGAUUAAAUCAACGUAGGGUUCUGGGAACUGAAAUGAUGUAGUUUGGCAGAGGGAAGGAUGAGUUCACUGACAAUGAGGAAGCAAGUAAAUGAGUUGGAGGUCCGUAUCCUUUCCUUGCCACGGGCUUCCAUUCAGUGGGGUCCUUCCAGUGAAGCAAGCAAAGUCCAUCCCACUAACCAUAUUCUCUUUGCUUGAGGACCAUGAUUUUCUUUGUAGAGUCCUUUGUGGUUCUUGAGACAUCAGUACUAUCUAAGCUCCUGCACUUCUGGGGAGCUAUCAUGUUAAGCUUCCUAUCCUGGAAAUGUAGUAAUUUACAUUCCACCCACCCACACACACACCCUGUUUUUUAAAAGCCCUUUGAAAAAAGGUUGAUUCAUUGAUAGGACAGGUAGACAAAUUCCAUGCCAGCAGACCCGGGAGAUGUGGGCAGACAAGCCCAGGAUGAGAAAGGGAGGGGCAGAAUCUUUGGGGGUAACCACUGAUGAUUUAUAGUAGACAAUGUUCAGAAGCAACCCAGCCCAGCUUCGAAUGGGUUGUUCAAGUGCCAUUGUUUGGAAGAGAAAUCUAUGGAUAUUGAGCAUGCACAAACCUGCAAAGCAUAUGGUUAAAUAAACAUGCCCUGUCCAGAGAUUUUUUUUAAAAUUGUUGUUCAGAUGCCUAGGAGCUGCCCCUUUCUAUGCUAUAUAUAAAAUGUUGUUUUUUUAAAAAAAAAUACUGUACAUAAAAAGAAAUAAACCUUUGUAAUAAGAGAGGCUGGGUAUGGAUCUUUGUCAAGUGGAACAGGUCUGUUUUCAGAGUAGUAAAAGUAGAGCAAAGGUGAAUGGAAUAUAAUCUCAGGCCG